AUUUAUCCUUCAUGCGGUACAUCAGUGUGGCCUGUGUGGUGGGAAUCAUCGCUGGAUUCUGCAUAGGGCCUGCUGGUGUACCGUUCCUCAUGACAGGAGAACUCUUUAAACAAUCCCAUCGACCCUCUGCCUACAUUGUAGGAGGAUCUCUCAACUGGAUAUCAAACUUCGCUGUAGGAUUUGUCUUUCCAUUCCUUCAGAUGUCAGCUGGUGCGUUCUGUUACCUGGUGUUUUGUGGUGUGUGUGUCGGUGUGGCAGCCUACGUCUUCUUCAUCAUCCCUGAAACGAAGAACAAAACCUUCUUGGAGAUCAGUGAGCUGUUCGCCUUAAGAAAUGCUUGUGAAAUUGAAAACCAGUCGCUGGUAACCAGUGCCCAACUCGCUCUCAAAAAGAUGAAUGGUUAUGGAGCACUGGUAACUGUAGUAGAUGUGGACAAAAAGGAGAAGACAGAGACAUAAUAGUGAAGAAAGAGGGGAGUAUUGCUUCAAUGAGGACCAGAAUUGACUGCAUAUAUACAGGCUCUAAUUUAAUAUUUUAUUUAAAAAAUAAUAAUAAUAAGUGCAGACUGCUAUGAUUGAAUGCAAUAUAACUAUCAGACUGAACAUGAUCAAACAUUGUUAUUAAAAAAAGAUUAAAUAAAGGUUUGUCUUUUGAUUUGAUGGACUAUUGCAAAACAAGUUAAGUGAUUUCUCUUUUAGUGCUUAAAGUCAGUGUAAAAUAAAAAUGAACAAUGUUUAUUUUGCUAGCAUACACUGUAAUUCUUUAGCUGAACUAUUAUGCACUAUUUUAUCCACUGAAAAAUCAAAGUCUGAUCAUU